AAAUCGCGUCAGUCGGACCAUCGCAAAACUCCUCGAUUUAUCGCCGUUAUCGGUAAAUCGCCGGUGCAUUCGCUGUGAAUCGGUGUGAAACACGGGCUGGUGCCCCAGGCUGACGGAACCUCGGCAGCUUUUGAUCGCAAGGUGCGGCCGGUAAGGCGGUCUUUCCGCCGCCUUCUCCCAGAGGUGGAGCCUCCCCAGCGGCCGCAGGACAGGUUUGAAAAGCGGCGGGAAAGAGGGAGCGGAUCGAUGGAUGACUCUAAAGAAGCAGAAAGUCAGCUGAAUGAAAAGCUAUAUGAGACCAGGAUGAAGUUUGCUAACUUAUGGGAGAGCUGUAACCCAGUACGAUUUAAACAGAAAUAUGGAGAAUCCUUAAAGAUCACAAGAGAUAGAUGCAUUGAAAUAUAUGAAGAGGAGAAACAGAUGUGUGACAAAGUUGAAAUAACCAAAAAGAAUAUUGCUGAACAGAAUGCAUUAAUAAAGAAAAUGCAAGAAGAUCUGCAGAUUGCAAACCAAAAAUUUGAAAGUAAUAAUAAACAAAAGCAGGAAAUGCUAAAAAAGAUCAAGCAGCUGAAGGAAGAACUUGCUAAAAAGCAGGAAUUAAUUUCUACACAAAAACAGGAAAAUAAAGCAAAACUUAAGGAACUGAAUACAUCAGCAGAGAUGUUCAAAAAGCGAAUGGGUCUGGAAAUUCGAAGGGUCCAUGGGGAACAACUGCAAUUUAUCUUCAAAUGCAUCAACAGCAAAAAUCCUGAGCAGCUAUUUACAUUCUUAUUGAGAUUUAAUGAAGAAGGGAAUUAUGAAGUCAUGUCAUGUGAUCCACCACUGGAAUGUAUGCCUCUGCUGCAGGAAAAACUCAAAGAAACCAACAAUUUAUCUGCAUUUCUUGCAAACGUUAGGAAAGCUUUUGCUGCACUAGUGUAACUUCAAGAUGCAUUCCUG